UUGUAAUUUAUUCAUAUGAACUUGAAGUUGGUGGGUUUAACCAAUGAGCAUUUUAAUCCAAAGGUUGGACCUUUCAUCGGCCCACUAAUCCCGGCCCAGAAAAGAAUUAUCAUUGUAAACCCUAGCGCUUGAUAUAAAAUCCCAUCUUCUCCGCCCCUCAUCUUUCCUCACAUUUGCACACCUCACACAGAGAGAAGCGAGAGAAAGAGAGGAGAAAUGGUGUCGCUGAAGCUACAGAAGCGGCUCGCCGCCAGUGUGAUGAAGUGCGGCAAGGGCAAGGUCUGGCUUGAUCCCAAUGAAGUCAACGAAAUCUCCAUGGCCAACUCUCGGCAAAAUAUCAGGAAGCUUGUCAAGGAUGGGUUCAUCAUCAGGAAGCCCACCAAGAUUCACUCACGAUCCCGUGCCCGCAGAAUGAAGGAGGCCAAGAGAAAGGGGCGUCACUCUGGAUAUGGUAAGCGCAAAGGUACUAGGGAGGCUAGGCUGCCCACUAAGGUUCUUUGGAUGAGGAGAAUGAGAGUUCUCAGGCGCCUGCUUCGCAAGUACAGGGAGGCCAAGAAGAUUGACAAGCACAUGUAUCAUGACAUGUACAUGAAGGUGAAGGGUAAUGUUUUUAAGAACAAGCGUGUUUUGAUGGAGAGCAUCCACAAAUCCAAGGCUGAGAAGGCUAGGGAGAAGACUUUGUCCGACCAGUUUGAGGCUAAGAGGGCAAAGAACAAGGCCAGUAGGGAAAGGAAGAUUGCAAGGAGAGAGGAGCGUCUAGCACAGGGACCAGGAGAGAAAGCAGCAGCAGCAGCUGGAGCUACUGUGCCCACAUCUCAACCAGCUCAGGGUACUAAGAAGUCUAAGAAGUGAACUUAGAAGAACAGCCUUUGGAUUAUUGGUGGCUCCAUGUCAUGUUUUUGUUUAGUAUCUUGUUCUAGUGCUUUUGAUCUCUUGUUUUCUUGUCAUUAUUUCAUAACUAUGUUAUCUAGUUCAAGGAGUUCUAAAAUUACUUACCUUUGUUUUGACUGUUGUGUUGUUAAGUAAACUCUGUGGUUUUACUUUAUUUCCCUGAUAUUUUCUCAUCUUUGGUGAGAUCCUGAGCCUGUUUAUUGUUGUUAAAAUGGGUUUUUCUCUUCGAGUUAAAAGUUUUGUUGCAUUUUGGAUUUAGCUGGAAGAUUCUGUUGGUAUCUUUCGGAAUUGGACCUUUUGGUCAUCUUACGCUGGCUUGCAAUAUAAGAUGUCGAAGGUCCUAAGCACCUUUUUUGCCUCUUGGGGUUUGAUAAAUGUGCCUUUGUUCACAUCAAAUAUGAAUGUUAUUUCUAAGGCCUACUUUCUUAGUACAAUUUUUUUUAUCUACAAAGUAGAAAGAUGUGCAAACAAUUGUGCUUGUUCCUUUGGACAUGCUUCAUUUCUAGUAAGAAAUUUCAAAAACCUUUGCGGCACUUGUAAUCCUACUUUGUUUUCGCACAUCUUAGUUAGAG